CCUCACACAGCCAGUGACAUAACACAACAUCAGCCCUCGCAGCAUCCGCAUCUCACAGCCAGGAGGACCAGGAGCACAUCUUCAUCUAAGCAUCCAUUCCACAACUGCCUCCCAUCGUCUGAGCACCGCCGACACCAGGCGUGUUUAUCCAACGCGUGUUUUGUUUUUUUUGUGUGCCUCGGCUCGGAUUAUUUUCUUUGUUGCAUUCAUAUUCUCGGAGAUGGUUUUAUGUUUUUAUCGCGUCUUUUAAGUAAAACUAGGCUCGAGACACGGAGCAUCUUCGUUACAGAGCAAUUAUAUUCUCAUUGAGCAGGAGAUCAGCAGCGGCCAUCAGGCAACGCAGACAGAGAGCUGAAAUACAAGAGAGACUGUUUCAAGGAUCAUUUUCUCCCAGGCCUUAGAUGCCCAUCGGCAGCCUGUAGCCCGGGACUCCCAGCUCCCAGAAGCAUAGAGGCUUUGAGACCCUCAGGAUCUCCCCUGGCAGACCCUCUUCUGACCCAGUGCGGCUAAAGCCCCUGGACGCCUCCCGACAGUCACCAUGGGAACCGUGCUGUCUUUGUCGCCUAGCUACCGAAAGGCUGCUCUCUUUGAGGAUGGGCCGGCCACUGUGGGCCACUACACAGCUGUCCAGAACAGCAAGAACGCCAAAGACAAGAACCUGAAGCGUCACUCGCUCAUCAAUGUGCUCCCGUGGAAGCGGAUUGUAGCGGUGUCCGCCAAGAAGAAAGGCUCCAAGAAGGUGCAGCCCAACGGCACCUACCAGAACAAUGUCACCCAGCUGAACAAUGAAAACCUGAAGAAGUCACAGUCAUGCGCCAACCUGUCCACCUUCACCCAGGAUCAGAGCACUCCUGCUCUCACCAAGACCUCCAACAACACAGUAUCGUCUAUCAAGAAAGCCCCUCUGACCAACUCCAAUGUGGCACCUGGGACCCCUAAGAGAGUGAUUGUCCAGGCCUCCACCAGUGAGCUGCUGCGCUGCCUCGGGGAGUUUCUGUGCCGGCGUUGUUUCCGGCUGAAACACCUGUCACCCACUGACCCAGUGCUGUGGCUGCGCAGCGUGGACCGCUCCCUGCUGCUCCAAGGCUGGCAGGACCAGGGAUUCAUCACCCCUGCAAACGUGGUCUUUGUCUACAUGCUUUGCCGUGACGUGGUCUCCUCCGAGGUGGCCACGGAGCACGAGCUGCAGGCCGUGCUGCUCACCUGCCUCUACCUGUCUUACUCCUACAUGGGCAACGAGAUCUCCUACCCUCUCAAGCCUUUCUUGGUGGAGAGCUCCAAGGAGACCUUCUGGGACCGCUGCCUGUCCAUCAUCAACCUGAUGAGCGCAAAGAUGCUCCAGAUCAACUCCGACCCACACUACUUCACUCAGGUGUUUGCAGACCUGAAGAACGAGAGCCAGAAGGAAGAGGAGAGGAGCCGCCUGCUCAUCGGCCUGGACCGGUGAGGGGGGGCGCAGAGGGUUCAGGGGAGAAUGGGAAUACUCAAUAGUCUGGCAUUUGGACAAAUUUGAAAGAUUAGUUGUGAUGCUAUUUAUUUAUUAUUGUCCAAACUCAAGUGUGACGAGGCCAAUUAGAAAGUAUUUGACAUUCAUCACAACUUUGUAUCUAGUAAGACUGAAUCUUCAACUCUGGGGUAGUGUUUUAGAUGGAUUUAGAUAGAGUUUGCAUUGAGGGAUAACAUUUGCAAUGGUCACCUAAAAAUAAGGCAUAAGGUCGAAAAAGCCAGAAGAUUGUAGUUAUCAAGUUCUAUUUUCAAACGAGCAAAGGAUGGAUUUUCUGUAAACCUGAGAAUGAAAGCUUUUUUUUCGACAAUGAUAUAUAAACAAAAAAUGCCAGACUUGGGUAAAUCCUUUGCUAACUUACAGAUAUAUAUCUAUAUAAAAUACUGAAAAUCUUAAAAAACAUUUCAGACAAAAAGACAAAAAACCAUUAGAAAAGAAAGCGUACAUCUACAGCAAUGAAUGUGGAGAGGACUGAGGCUGCGGCAGCCCACCAGUGACCUUCUGACUGUUUGACGAUGUGAUGUGCACUGCCUACUGCAGGAGGGCGAGGGCCAUCGCCUGACUGGCUUUCUUCAUGCAUCACGGAUGAACAGGCACGUCUGGCUGCAAACUCUGGAUCUUUGGAAGGCCAACACCACGUCCCGUCCAUUAAUACGGAUACCAUUGGAAUCUUUUUGCUGAAAUGCAUAUCUGAAAAAAAACAGCAGGGGCCAUCAAUGCUGGAUCCAUAUUUUUGUGGGUUUCUGUUCGUGACUUUA